GAGAGAGGACUUGACAUGUAUCUACCUUAUAUUAAUUACCAUUUCACAACAAUAACCAAAGACAAAGCAAGUCAUUUACUAUUGAUAAUUCAAUUCCUUAUCCAACACAAAGUAAUUCAAACACAAAGCAAUUCAUUUAACUCUCUUCCUCAACCGUAACCAAUACAUUUAAUUCAAUUCGUUAUCAAACUUUCAUUGACUUUAAAAUAAGCAAGACAUUUACAAAUUCAAUUAAUUUUCAAAAACAAAUCAACUCAUUCAAUUGUCUAACUCAACCACACAUAAACAUCAAUGCCAACUCACCAAUAACUACCAAACUCAACCAUAACACUUCAAUGAACGAUUAAAAGAUGAAGUCAUUUACCUAUAUGGCUCCACCAAAUGCAAUCCUGUGCUGUGACGAACCUUCCUCAGCGUCCUUGAUCCAUGCAACUCAACAAACAAAGAACACACAGGAAAAAAACAAGUAUGAGUAACAGAACCAUUCAUCACCCUCAAUUAAGUUCAGUUAUGGAUCAAUUGGUCUACAUAACAAGUAUGAGUAACAGACAGACACAAAUCACAUGAUCAUAAGCAAUUUAUUCAAGUCAGAGAAGAACGACAAUCAAUUAAUUUGAGAUCAAACUCGUAAACACUAUCAAUCAAUAUCAUAAACGACCAAAUAAAAAAACACAAAGAUUUUUUAAAAACGUUCAUGAAAGAAGGCAAGACAUUCAUGUCUAUUGAUCCAUCGUUGGUAAGCAUGUAAGACAGAGGAACUAACCGAAACUAACCGAAACUAACCGAAACAACAAACAAAUCAAAUAACAUAUAAUGAUUCAGACAAGGAAAGGUCAUACGUUUACCUUCCGAUUUGGUUUCCUCGCAGACGGCCACCAAGAGAGAGGUACAAGUUUGUCACCGUCGAGGAGAUCCACCGAGAGAGACAACAGCACUGUGGAGGAGAGCGACGGAGACGAGGAGUCCACCGAGAGAAACGCCGACUGCUUCAUUGUCGGGGGAAGAUCAGGAGACAGAGGCGGAGUCGUCGAGGUUUCGCGAGAACGAGGCGGAGUCGUCGAGGUUUCGCGAUAGAAACGGGGAUUCGUCGAAGAAGAGAAAGAGAGAUCCGGAGUCAAUCGAGGUAUCACGAGGAAUCGCAGAGCCGUCGAGGUUUGAAUCGAGAACCACGGAAUCGCGAGAGAACGAGAGAAGACGACUCCUCCUUUCUGAGAUAGACGCGUCUUAUGACACGUGUACACCAAGCACCGACGCUUCUUCCGCUUAAUUAAGCACCAUCGCUUAAGGUAAUACAUAUUUUUCUUUUUUUCUUUUUUUUCAAAAUCACCUAAGCACCUCCCUAAGCAUCCGCUUUAAUCCUGCUCUUAUUUACGUCACAUCCAAAACGUAUACAUAUAUAUCACCAUCGUCGUUGACCCAAAAAUCGAUCUCCAUCAUCUUCAAAUAUAUAUUGUGCUUGAAUAAGUGCCUACUAGGAACAAGUCUUGUUGGUGUUGCUCAAGGUUUCAGCUUUCCCUCUAUCCACACGGUUCUGGCUCAGUGGGUGCCUCCUCAUGAAAGGUCUAGGUUGGUUUCCAUAACUACUUCAGGAAUGUAUUUAGGUGCAGCUUUAGGUAUGUGGUUGCUCCCUGCUUUAGUUGAACUUAGAGGUCCGGAAUCAGUUUUCUUGGCUGAGACUUUAGCUGGUGUUAUAUGGUCAUUGCUUUGGAUUAGGUACGCCACUGACCCACCUCGGUCCGAGCAUCCAAAAGCUGCUGCUGCUGGAUUUGGAGGUGCUCUGUUACCAACUAAUGUAAACCAACAUAAAGUUACUCACAUCCCAUGGAAGAAAAUCAUGUUCAGUUUGCCCGUUUGGGCCAUCGUGGUUAACAACUUCACAUUCCAUUACGCUCUAUACCUGUUGAUGAACUGGCUCCCAACGUAUUUUGAGCUUGGACUCCAGGUCAGCCUUCAAGGAAUGGAUUCGUCGAAGAUGGUGCCAUACCUCAACAUGUUUGUAUUCUCCAUUGUUGGUGGGUUCAUUGCAGACUAUUUGAUCACCAAGAGAAUCCUAUCUGUAACCAGAACACGCAAAUUCUUGAACACGGUUGGAUUUUUAGUUGCUUCAGCGGCACUGAUGGCUUUACCUCAGUUUAGAACCUCCAACGGAGUGAUCUUAUGUUCAUCUGUGGCUCUUUGGUUUCUGGCACUUGGAAGAGCUGGUUUUGCAGUGAACCAUAUGGAUAUUGCUCCAAGAUACACAGGAAUUGUAAUGGGAGUUUCAAAUACUGCUGGGACAUUAGCUGGAAUCAUUGGUGUUGAUUUGACUGGGAAGCUUCUUGAAGCUUCUAAAUUGGUUUACUCGGAUUUGUCACAUCAAUAGAGCUGGAGAGCUGUGUUCUUCAUUCCCGGUUUGCUCUGUAUCUUUAGCUCAGUUGUGUUUUUGCUGUUCUCUACAGGAGAAAGGAUCUUUGACUGAU